GGGAGGAGGGAGGUAGGGCUGCGGGCAGGUGGCUGCAGGUCAGCGGCUUUGGCGCGGCGCGCUCGGAUGGGCCGGUGCCGCCUGACUCACUCCCCGUCGCCUUCCCAGGCGCUGCCAGCCGCGGGCGCCGCGCUCCUGUCGCCAGCGGGCUGCCCGUGCCCCCCCCGGCGGAGGGCCGCCGCACGGGCCCCAGUGACUGUCACAUGAGUUCCUCAAGGAUAAUGGACCUUAAGAUGCGUGAGACUGAAGGAGAUGGAGAGGACAAUUCAGGAAAGAAAAAAUCUAAGUUCAAGUCGUUCAAAAAGUUUUUUGUUAAAAAGAAAAGGAAAGAGACAUCGUCUUCUGGGAGCAGCAGUCUGAAGUUAGUCCAGUCAACAAGUGAUGUUGCUGCCUCUCAUGACAUGCACGUUAGUUAUGAUUCUGAAGAUGAACUUGAGACACAUAAAAGCAUUAUGGGAAGCAGAGCUUUGUCACAUGAUAGCAUUUUCAUCCCUGAGACUGGGCAAGAGCCUGCAAGGCCAGUAAGAGUGUUUUCUCAAGAAAACGUUUCUGAUCGGAUUAGAGCUUUGCAGUUGAAACUCCAGCCGACCAUGAAAUUGGGACCUCCACCUCCAUUCAGACUUCAUGCAAAGCGAACAGAGGAUGCUGGGACGAGUUCUGAAGAUGAUGGAUUACCCAGGAGCCCUCCGGAAAUGUCUUUGCUCCAUGAAAACCUAAAUUCAGGCAGAGCAACAAGAUUCUCUGACUCUCACAACCACCUUAGCUCUUUGAGUUUAGCUGGAACAGGCAGUGAAGAAGAAGAACAGGUUACAUUGGAUCCUUCUUCUAGAUCUCGCUCUACAGAUGGUCAGCUGUUCUUUAGGCAUGGAAGUGAUGAAGCCUCCCAGAUAUCUGACAGUACUAUCUCGCCUGCAGCCGAUUUUGACACCCCACCUGAGCUUUCCUCUUGCUUGGAUAAUUCUGCUGCUAAACAUAAGCUUUUAAUAAAACCCCGGAAACUGAGAUCCAGUAAAAUGAGAAGAUUUCCUCAGAGGACGCAGUCUGAAUCCCUGACUGAUUUGAGCUGUACCCCAGAAGAAGAAGAGGAUGAUGAAAAGGACAUGCAAACAGACUUGCUAGAUGCUGUAUUUAAACCCAGCAAUCAAGAGCUGCCGUAUGGCACAGCUGCAGCGCAGGAUGUGGAUGCCUGGCCAAAGCCUAGAAUGCCUGAGGACCUUCUCCCUGCUUUGAGACCAGUGAUGACUCAACCUAAUUCUGAGUCUGCUGUUGUACAGGAAGCCCAGCUACCAGAGAAUAAACCAGAGGGCUGCCAAACAACACUGGAGACAACAUGUGUGAAGUCCGAGUCUUCGUUGCUGCUGGAAGGCAAAGACUCCACAACUUCCUCCUCCAGCCCAGACAGACAAGUAGAAAAGCAAGAAGAUUCCUCAGAAACAUCGGUUCUGUUGUCUGGGGAUGUGAGUGAUGUGUCAAUAGAUAUUUCAAAUCAAGAAAAUAAGGAGCAUCCUACUGUGUUUUCAGUAAAUAAAAUACCAUCUGAAGAAGAUAUUUCAGUUAGUAAGAAUAGUAUUGUUUUCUUGGAAGGGUCAGAAGAAAAUCUGCAGAAGGAUGAUCAGAUACCUGUGGAAAUGCCCUAUAAUAAGGAGGCAAAGAAAGAAGUUGCUGUAUUGUCAGAGUCCAGCAAGCAACUUUCCGUAGGUUCCUUCCAGCCCACGGACUCAUUCCAUAUUUCACGUCCUGCUUCCUCAACGCAGAUGGGAUCACCUGCUUUGUACUCUCUAGAGAAAACAAAGACUGCACAAGAGGCAGCAGCUUCUGGGAAGGAGAACAGUCAGUCAGUGGUCCACAAGGAGGAACUUUUGGAGAAGAAAGCUGAAAAAGCAGCCAAUGAACUCAAUGCCUUGAGAAAGUUUUCUGUUUCCUCUGCACUGGAGAGACCAAGGACCAGAAGCCUACACUUCCCAGAAAGAUCAGAGUUGGAAAGCCCAUUAAACACUGGAUUCUUCCUGUCCAAACCAAAGGUCUCCACAAAAAAUGAGAAGUGGAAAGAAGACUUGCAGAAGGGAUCAGAUCUGGAACAGGACAAAAGCAUCAACAAAAAGGAGACUUUGCCACCAGAGCCUGACUCUGAGAAUAUAGGCCAACCUACAGAAAUUUUGAGUGGCUGCAUUUCUCCAGCUGUUGAUGCAGUGCCAGUGCCGGUGCCAAGUGAUACUUCGGUGGUAUCCCAGAAUCAGCCAAGCGAUGAAGAUAGAAGUCCUUUUCAAGUGAAACUUAGAUCCACCUCACUGUCCUUGAAAUACAGAGACAACUCGUCAUUAGAAUCAAAAGGGAUUAAAAGAUACAGUGCAGAGUUUAACUUAGAAAACGAGGGGUUGACUUCUUUUCUAAAAGAUGAUAAGGCACAGGUCAAAAAAACAGCUGAUACAAAUGUUGGUGGAUCUAUAAAUGAGAAGAUCAAACCCAAAGCGAAGUCCUCUGAACAGCUUAGUAGUAAACCUCCAUUGCCUAAAAAGCCAGCCUUGCAAAACGUAACUGUUCCAAAUCCUACUGCAAACAAGGAGAAGCAAGACCGAGCUAUCCACUCUCCCGAAUCCAGAAGUGAAGACAGAGACUUGGAGAAAAAGUUGAAUCCUUCUAAAGUGCCUGAGAGAAGCGUGUCUUCCCCUGUGGCUGCUGGAGACUCCAGAGGAGAUCCCAACACUCCUACAGAGCCAGCCUGGAUUUCCAUAGCGAGGCAAAAACAGAGGAGUAUGCAGCAGGAGCAGGAAGUCGACAGAGAAAAACUUGUGGCUCUGGAUGUUAAGUCAGAUACAGAGAAACAGAAUAAAGAGAAGGAACGGACAGAGGGAUCAGUGAAGCUGCAAUGGAGCAAACCUUCACACUUGGUACCUAAAAGCACUUCUGAAGAACAGAGGAAAGAGACAAAGUCUGAAGUGAAGGAGCCGCUGCCCAGAACCAAUUCACUGACACAUUAUGUCCCUGUAGCUCCAUCUCCAGCUCUGGUGGAUAAAGAGGAAAUAAGCCACUUGAAGAAAGCCAGUAGUGCUGCUCCGGAUGAGCCGUCGUGGAUGGAACUGGCCAAAAAGAAAUCACAAGCUUGGAGUGAUAUGCCACAGAUUAUAAAAUAGAGAGGUGCAAACAAUUAGCAUCUUCCAUAAUUAAGUCAGCUACCUAACUGAACUUGUACAGGCCAGCUAAUUGCAGUGAAGAAUCUCUUGAUACAGGAGAAGGGUUUUAUUAUACAGCUGUGGAGAAAGUGUGCAAUAGGUGCAGUCAAAAAGUUUACCUUCAACUUUGUAGCAAUCAGGAUUGCAGUGGCAAUGGAUUACUUAAAUUAUGCUAAGGACAUACUUACACUUCAGGAAAUAAAACUCUUUCCUUACGUAUUUCCUGUGUUUUCUGCUUCUAAUGACAUUUGCAUCAAAACAGGAUCUUUGCUAAACUUUGCUGAACAUCUGUUGCUGUU